CUCAACCCCUCGCGAUGCCAUUGCGGCAGUAACACAGUCCCCUCAGCACCCCCAGCACCAGGCGCCGACACCAUGACCAACAAGAAGCCGAUCCGGCUGCCGCCGCUGCGCGUGCUGCGCGUGCGCAAUCCGAACCGCCCCGAGCCGAACCGCUGCCUGACCGUGAUGUCGUCCGUGCUUGCCUGCUGGGCCUCGGCCGGCUACCACGGCAGGGGCUGCACGACGGUCGAGCAGGCCCUGCGCGCGUGCAUGGACGCCCCGGCGCCGCCCAAGAAGAGCCCCAACACGGUCAACUACCAUCUCGCCCGCUUUGCGAAGAGGUUAAUCUCCCAGGCGAGCAAGAACAAAUAAUUUAGUUGGGGGCGUUUUGUUUGUUCUUUCGGCACGGGAGCGCGAUACGGACCGGCCCACAGGCACCCGACGCAUGCACCGUACAUUCUCCCGGGGGCCAGAGCCCAGGAGUAGGAGGGGAAAAGCACGGAUUCCUGGUUCCGGGGAUGAUCUGGACUUGUCCCGCGUCCACGGGACACUGUCGAGGGGCCUUAGUGGCUAAUCAUUGCCGCUGGACGAGAGGACUCGCCCUCAGCGCUAUCCGGCUAGUCGCCAAGAGGAGCUGUACAUCACAAUUGUCGGUGCUUUGAUCCAGAGGACAUGGCGUUCAGUGGCAGCGGGAGGUCAGAUUUGGCUAUGUACAAUGUAUACUAGAAUAUUGGCUGGGGAAAAUUCCAUACAUGGAUUGACA